GGGAGCGGCGUACGGGGUAGCGGCUGGAGGAUGGGGACUGCCGGAGGAGCGGGUCAGUGAGCGAGCGCAGCCAGCCCCGCCAGCUCCUCCGGCCCGGGCGCACCCGCUCCCCGUCCCAUGAGGAGCUGAGCGGAGCGUCGGGGCAGCAUGAACCGGGGCAGCACCGGCUCCAUCGGCAGCGCCGCCUCCGCCAGCGAGUACCGGGUCUGCAGCAACUGCCGGAAAGUGCUGAGACAGGAAAAAAGAAUCCGAGUCUCUCAGCCAUUAACAAGAGGACCAAGUGCCUUUAUACCAGAGAAAGAAGUUAUGCAAGCAAAUGGUUUGAAUGAACGUACUAACCUUCUUGUGGAAGAAUACUCAACAUCUGGUCGCCUGGACAACAUCACACAGGUCAUGAGUUUACAUACUCAGUACUUGGAGUCUUUCCUCCGCAGCCAGUUCUAUAUGUUGCGUAUGGAUGGGCCCCUUCCUUUGCCUUAUAGGCACUACAUUGCUAUAAUGGCUGCUGCCAGACAUCAGUGUUCCUACUUAGUAAAUAUGCAUGUUGAUGAGUUUCUGAAGACUGGAGGGAUUGCAGAAUGGUUGAAUGGUUUGGAAUAUAUCCCACAAAGACUGAAAAAUUUGAAUGAAAUAAACAAACUUCUUGCACACCGACCCUGGCUGAUCACAAAAGAACAUAUUCAGAAACUUGUCAAGACUGGAGAAAAUAAUUGGUCUCUUCCUGAAUUGGUACAUGCUGUGGUCCUGUUGGCACACUAUCAUGCCUUGGCAAGUUUUGUAUUUGGUAGUGGCAUUAAUCCAGAGAGAGAUCCAGAUACCUCUAAUGGUUUCAGACUUAUAGCAGUCAACAAAUUCUGUGUCUGUGAUCUUGCCAAUGACAACAACAUCGAAAAUGCAUCCCUCUCAAGUAGCAACUUUGGGAUUGCAGAUUCUUUGAGUGAGCUGGAGGCCUUAAUGGAAAGAAUGAAGAGGCUGCAAGAAGAAAAGGAGGAAGAGGAGGCCUCGCAGGAGGAAAUGGCAACUCGUUUUGAAAAGGAAAAGAAAGAGAGUCUUCUAGUAGUCACUGGAGCAUUUGAUGAUGAAAUGGUUUCCACGUCGGAUGUCUCCCGUUAUAUCGAAGAUCCUGGUUUUGGGUACAAAGACUUUGCCAGGCGGGGAGAAGAACAUCUGCCAACAUUCCGAGCUCAGGACUAUACCUGGGAAAACCAUGGCUUCUCCCUUGUGAACAGGCUUUAUUCUGAUAUUGGGCAUCUCCUGGAUGAGAAGUUUCGGAUGGUCUACAAUCUCACAUACAACACUAUGGCUACACACGAAGAUGUUGACACAACCAUGUUGAGAAGAGCUUUAUUUAACUAUGUUCACUGUAUGUUUGGAAUCAGGUAUGAUGAUUAUGAUUAUGGAGAAGUUAAUCAGUUACUUGAACGCAGCCUGAAGGUUUACAUUAAGACAGUGACCUGCUACCCAGAGAGAACUACCAAGCGCAUGUACGAUAGUUACUGGCGUCAGUUCAAGCACUCAGAGAAGGUCCACGUAAAUCUACUUUUAAUGGAAGCCCGUAUGCAAGCAGAACUUCUAUAUGCCCUUCGUGCCAUAACUCGUCACUUGACCUGAAGUAUCAAUUUGGAGGGGGCGAAGGAAGUUAAAUUGAUAUGUAAAGGCCUUUUUGAAAUAGAUACACAACAGAAGCUGUAUGUGAUGUAGCAUCAAGUUACUCAGUUCUCUAGUGUCAAAGUUUAGCCGUGUUUUUCGCGGCUGUAAUGUGCAAUGAAGUGUUUUAUUUUCUUGAUGCUUAACAUUACUAAUGAUAGCAAAAAUAACACUGAGGAGCACUACUUUUUCUGGUUGGAUUUCAGGAUACUGGUCAAAAUCCUAAAACUAGUUUUGUUAUACUCCACUCUAGCGCUUUGUUCUGAAACACAGGAAAAAAGUGUUUAUCUUUUCAAGCAAUCAUUUUUCAGAUUAGUAGAAUUCAGCAAAGGCUUUUUGGACGUUCUAAGAGAUCUUAAAACAAUGUCCUAAUGCUAGCAGAGAGAAGCAUGUGAUAUAUUAAAUUGAACUGCCUACAGGAUUCUUUAUCUCCUGGAGACUACUUGUCAGGCACUGUUUUACUACAGCAAUUGAAGGUGAUGUGAAAUAUAAUGCCAACAUUGUCCACGUUUUAAUGUGACAUUAAUCAUGAUAAAUUCUACAGCAUGCUACUGAAAUGCAAAAUUCAGUUGGUUUUUUUUUUUUCCUUUUCCUCUUU